AUGACCUUUUGGAAUGAGAUUAAGGCGGCGGGGGGCAUGCCGCGGCCCGGCCGCGCGCGGGGGGCGCCUGUGGCUUCUGCCCUGGAGGCGGGAGCGGUGAAGUCGGACCCCUUCGAGAAGCGGAUCUCUGACUCCAGCCUCGGCGGAGGCCGGGCUGACUCGAAGGAGUCGGAAAUUCCCGACGAGCCAGGUCCUGGAAUUGGGGAGCGAGGCCCGCGGCGCCCGCCCGGGCUGGGCUGCCCAGAGGUGGGAAGGUUCCCAGAGCCAUUUGCGCGACAGGCACUGCACACCACCUUCUCCGAGGAACGCGGCCCUAGGGAGCGCUUGCUGCAGGAGGAUGCCAGGCGGUCCUCGCCAGAGCCGGAGGCGGGGAGGAGCACCUUUCGGGGGGAAUUCGACGUGCCAGUUCCGGCCGCUGAAAAGUUGCCUGAAGACCGGGCAGUCGCGGCAGGAGGCCAGAGCGAAGCAAGGACCAAGAAAUUCAAGGGCCAGGUGAUGAAUGAGACCUCUGGAUGCAGAGCUAAGGCAUCUCAGGCCGACGGGGACGAGGUGUCCCCCUUCGAGGCCGUGGGUCUGAACCUGGACAGGUCGGUGGGCGAGGCGUCCCUGAACUCCACCUUUGGCAACUUUCAGGCGCGGCCGGCUGAGCCGGCUGAGUCGCCUUGGGAGGCAGAGCCUGUGCAGCCGAUGCAGCCAGUGCAGCCAGUGGCACACUUGCAGGCACAGCCGGUGCAAGCGAUGCAGCCAGCGCAGCCGGUGCAGCCAGCGCCGCCAGUGGCAAGGGAGGUGGGUAGAGCACUGGGCAUUGUGGGAGGCCCUCGCAAGCCGCCGUACAAAGGGGUAGUUCCCAAGAUGAAUGUGGCCCAUGAGUGGCUUUCGGAGACUAGAGUUAAGGUGCAGCAUACUGCGCCUGAAAAGAACACGCCCUGCAAGGCGCAGCCGGUGCAACCAAUGCAGCCCGUGCAGCCUGUGCAAGCGGCGCAGCCGGUGCAGCCGGCGCCGGCGCCACACUUGCAAGAGCACCAGCCGGCAGCGGCGAGGGAGGCGCAGCCGGUGCAGCCCGUGCAGCCCGUGCAGCCUGUGCAAACGGCGCAGCCGGUGCAGCCGGCGCCGGCGCCACACUUGCAAGAGCACCAGCCGGCAGCGGCGAGGGAGGCGCAGCCGGUGCAACCAAUGCAGCCGUUGCAGCCUGUGCAGCCUGUGCAAGCGGCGCAGCCGGCGCCGGCGCCACACUUGCAAGAGCACCAGCCUACAGCGGCGAGGGAGGAAAGAUUCAGCGUUUUCAACGCAUGUGAAGCUCUGCAGGCGCCUGCCUACGAUCCCUCGUUUAGCAACACAGCCCAGGCGCAGCCGGUGCAACCAAUGCAGCCUGUGCAGCCUGCACAAACGGCGCAGCCGGUGCAGCCCUCGCCGGCGCCAUACUUGCAAGAGCACCAGCCUACAGCGGCGAGGGAGGCGCCUGCCUACGAUCCCUCGUUUAGCAACACAGCCCAGGCGCAGCCGGUGCAACCAAUGCAGCCUGUGCAGCCUGCACAAACGGCGCAGCCGGUGCAGCCCUCGCCGGCGCCAUACUUGCAAGAGCACCAGCCUACAGCGGCGAGGGAGGCGCAGCCGGUGCAACCAAUGCAGCCGUUGCAGCCUGUGCAGCCUGUGCAAGCGGCGCAGCCGGCGCCGGCGCCACACUUGCAAGAGCACCAGCCUACAGCGGCGAGGGAGGCGUCAAGGCAUGAAAGCACAAUUGCCAAGUCGGGCCUACCCAAACUAGUUUUUCUCACGGUGACAAUUCUGCGAAUUCUGCAGGCGCCUGCCUACGAUCCCUCGUUUAGCAACACAGCCCAGGCGCAGCCGGUGCAACCAAUGCAGCCUGUGCAGCCUGCACAAACGGCGCAGCCGGUGCAGCCCUCGCCGGCGCCAUACUUGCAAGAGCACCAGCCUACAGCGGCGAGGGAGGCGCAGCCGGUGCAACCAAUGCAGCCGUUGCAGCCUGUGCAGCCUGUGCAAGCGGCGCAGCCGGCGCCGGCGCCACACUUGCAAGAGCACCAACCUAAACCGGCGAGGGAGGCGCCUGCCUACGAGCCCUCGUUUGGCAACACAGCCCAGGCGCAGCCGGUGCAACCAAUGCAGCCGUUGCAGCCUGUGCAGCCUGUGCAAGCGGCGCAGCCGGCGCCGGCGCCACACUUGCAAGAGCACCAACCUACAACGGCGAGGGAGGCGCCUGCCUACGAACCCUCGUUUGGCAACACAGCCCAGGCGCAGCCGGUGGAACCAAUGCAGCCGUUGCAGCCUGUGCAGCCUGCGCAAACGGCGCAGCCGGUGCAGCCGGCGCCAGCGCCACACUUGCAAGAGCACCAGCCUACAUCGGCGAGGGAGGCGCAGCCGGUGCAACCAAUGCAGCCGUUGCAGCCGGUGCAGCCUGUCCAAACGGCGCAGCCAGUGCAGACAGCGCCGGCGCCACACUUGCAAGAGCACCAGCCUACAGCGGCGAGGGAGGCGCAGCCGGUGCAACCGAUGCAGCCGCCGCAGCCUGUGCAAACAGCGCAGCCUGUGCAGCCAGCACCGGCACCGCCUGCAGCGGCGAGGGAGGCGCCUGCCUACGAGCCCUCGUUUGGCAACACAGCCCAGGCGCAGCCGGUGCAACCAAUGCAGCCGUUGCAGCCGGUGCAGCCUGUCCAAACGGCGCAGCCAGUGCAGACAGCGCCGGCGCCACACUUGCAAGAGCACCAGCCUACAGCGGCGAGGGAGGCGCAGCCGGUGCAACCGAUGCAGCCGCCGCAGCCUGUGCAAACAGCGCAGCCUGUGCAGCCAGCACCGGCACCGCCUGCAGCGGCGAGGGAGGCGCCUGCCUACGAGCCCUCGUUUGGCAACACAGCCCAGGCGCAGCCGGUGCAACCAAUGCAGCCCGUGCAGCCUGUGGAAGCGGCGCAGCCGGUGCAGCCGGCGCCGGCGCCACACUCGCAAGAGCACCAGCCUACAGCGGCGAGGGAGGCGCAGCCGGUGCAACCGAUGCAGCCGCCGCAGCCUGUGCAAACAGCGCAGCCUGUGCAGCCAGCACCGGCACCGCCUGCAGCGGCGAGGGAGGCGCCUGCCUACGAGCCCUCGUUUGGCAACGCAGUCCAGGCGCAGCCGGGGCAACCAAUGCAGCCGGUGCAGCCUGUGCAAGCGGCGCAGCCGGUGCAGCCAGCGCCGGCACCAUACUUGGAGCAACAGCAGCCCACAGCGAGGGAGGCACAGCCGACACAACCGACGCAGCCGGUGCAACCGGCGCAGCUGGUGCAGCCAGCACCGGCACCGCACUUGCAAGACCAGCAGGCUGGUGCAGCGAGGGAGGCAGCUGCCUACAAACCCUCGGUUGGCAACACAGCUGAGGCACAGCCGGCGCAGCCGGCGCAGCCGGUGCAGCCAGCACCGGCACCGCACUUGCAAGACCCGCAGCCUAAUGCUGCGAGCGAGGAGCCUUCAGUGCGCGAGGCUAACCAGUCAAGCUCGGACGUCAAGGUGUCGCCGCCCGCGCAGACUCCGGGCACUGAAGAUGUGGCCCAGGCCGAGCCGGAGAUUCCUUCGGCCUACCUGGUGGAGGACGAAGUGGACCUGCCCUUUGCGGAAGAGCCCUUGGAAAGCGACGAGGAGCCGGAGGCAAUGGACCCCCGGGUCCUUGCAGAGACCCCCACGCCGGCGCCAACGCCCACGCCGCCAGGUGUGACCUGGGGGCAUCACAGGACGCAGCCAUUCACGGGCCCGGAGAACGAGGCGGCUUCUCCUGCGCCGGAGUCGCGAACGGAGAGCCCGUUUCAGGCGCCAUCCUCGCCACGGGCACAGGACCCUGAAGUUGGGGAAGAGCCGCGCGCUGAUUCGAAGCCAACCCAGGACCACCGCAACGAGGAAGAGCUGCGCUGGGCCAAGUCGGAGCCGUCCCAGGGUCUUCACACCGUAGCAAACGAGCCAGAGGUCUCCGACGCGGACAACUCCAAGCUCGAGGAGAAGCUCCCGGAGGCAGGCCCAAGUUCCGGCGAGGACAACACAGCCGAGCCGGAAGUGGAGCCGGGUAUGGGCGAGGCGGAGGUGCCGAACGAGGCGGAGGCGCCGGCGGAGAAGCCGGGCGCGGCAGAGAAGCUGGGCGCGGCAGAGACUCCGGAGGAGGCUGAGACGCCCGAAGUCUUGCCAGAGGCCACAGCUGAAGCUGCAACCGAGGAGUCGGUGCAAAACCCCACUUCAUCGCCACGGCGCAGUGCGCGGAAGCCGCGGCGGGUGAAGCCUCCGACGGAAGAGGAGGCCUUCUCCGAGGAGGCCCUCCGCCAGCGCGCGGAGCAAAGGCUGAAGCGCUCCAUGCAUCUCACGGCAAUGAACAUCCCCUCGGUGACCAACUACCCCAGACCCUUCACGGACAGCGCUGAGCUGAAGCUGGACACCAUCUCAGCAGAGGCCCAGCGCAGCUUCCUGCGGGUGGCGCGCUUCGAGGCGGAGACCUGGUACCGCCAAGAGCGGCAGCGCUUCGAGGUGGAGCGGCGCACCGCCCAGCGCCAGGAGAGGCUUCUGGACCAAUUGGCUGAAUGGCGGGAGAAGAAGGAGAAGGAGGAGGCUUUGGAGAUGAAGCGCUUGGAAGAGCUGGAUCGGCAGCGGGAGGAGCGGGAGCAACAGGACCGCGAGAAGUGGCGCAAGCGCGGGGAGGAGCUGCGACAGAGCCUGGCGGACUGGGCGGAGAAGAAAAAUCAGGAGGAGUCCAAGCAGUCGCAGGAGGCUGAGAAGGCGCAGCAGGAGCAGGAGGAACGAAGGCGGAAGCGGGAAGAGGAGUACCGCCAGAAGCAGCGGGAGAAGCUGCAAGAGUGGCAAGAGCGGAAGGCCGAAGAGCGGGCCGCCGAACAGCGGCGGGAGAUGGAGCGCCAGGAGGCUGAGAUGAAGAGCGCAGCGCCCAGAGUGUUGGAGCUGCGGGGUCUCGCGUGGCCCCCCGCCGCCCCGGCCUCGGAGGACGAGGUUUGGAGCUCCAAGCGGGGCCGAACUGGUGCCUUUGAUCCGCAGCCAGUUUUGGACCAAGCGGCACAUCAGCACAUCGAGCGCGGUCAAGUCACAACCCGCGGGGGCGACGCGAAAGGCACCUCGCAUGCUCCGCGCAAGGGCCGCAAGGAUGGCUUGCUUUGGCGCUGCUUUGGCCGGGGCCUCAUCAGCAGCAAACCGCCAAAGCGCCAAAGCGCCAUGUGGCUUUGCAAGGGCCGUCGGGGGGGCUAUGUGCUGGAGCCGUCCCCGGCAUCGGAGUGCCUGAACUCCAGCCGCAAGUUCCCCAUGUGGGUCAUCGAUGUGCAAGACCUUUUGGAGCUCCUUGGCAAGCUCAAGGAGCACGGGGCCUCAAAUGGCCUGGUCACCUUCGUGUCCCACGAGUGGUCCGACUUCUCACACCCGGACCCCAGCAACCACCAGCUGCAGGCCUUGCAAAUGAUGAUCCGGAAUAUACGCGCGGGCACGGUGUCGGUCGCGCACGACAACUACUCCUUCGUGCGGUUUGGCUUGAACCGAAGAACGGUGUCCCUGUUCGAGCUCAGGCUAUUGGCGGAGGGCAGCCUUUGGAUCGACUUUCUAUGUGUGCCCCAGGCGUGUUGGUGCCGGACGCCGGAGGAGCUGGCGAAGCAGCAAGCGGAGCUAUGGGAUGCCGUCAUGAGCCUCCACACUUACGUGGCCCAGAGCUCCUUCUUCGCCAUUCUUGCCCCCACACAGCGCCACAAAUCCGACGGCCGGCUCAUGGGCUACAACUCCUGGCGCCGGCGCGGCUGGUGCCAGUUCGAGUUGGCGGUGAGCAUUCUUCUUGGCACCAAGCCCGUCAUCCACAUCGCCAGCGACCAGCUGCUCCGCAACAUGUACAUGAGAAACGUUUCUCAGCUCUCCCCCUGCUGCGGAGAUUUCACCAAUGCCUGCGACCGGGAAUUUGUGAAGGAUGCGCUGACAGAGGUCAUGAAGUGUGAGGAGCGGAGCAGCUGCGGUUCAAGGAGAAUUUCCACCGACUGCAGCUGCUGGAUUGCCUGCAGUCCAGACUCUUGCGGUGCGCCGGGGAGUGCGACCAGAGCCCCGCUGUGCGCAAGAGAACGCCUCGUUGGCUUCAAGAACCAUGUUCUUCGCACAGAUCGAGCCAUCUAA